AUGUCGAAAUCAGAUAUUGAGCAGAGCUCAGAAUCCGAGGUGAAUGGUGUAUCCGCCGCCGUCGCGCCAAAGCCAACUCUGUGGCAGCGAUUCAAGGCUCACAUGAAAAAAUGGUGGUGGGUGUAUUUGGCUGUGUUCUGUGUCAUAGUGUUGGUGACGGUGCUACCCAUAAUCUACGUGGGAAUCCCUCAUUUCGCCAGCAAAUACAUCAACGACUACCAGUAUGACACCGAGGGACUCGAGAUCACCAACCCUCGACCGAACGCAUUCCAUGUCAAGCAGAAGAAAUCUUUAUCCAUGGGCGGUGGCUUCAGUGGCAGUGGAUAUCUAACGGCUUUCAAUGCAAGCAUUCGCACAUCGGAUACCGACGAGGAGUUUGCUAUCUUCCCCGUGCCACAGAUCGACUUCAGCGACGGCGCAACCGUUGAAUUUGACACAGAUCUGGACCUGACCUGUAUUGAUUGUUUGUCGAAGAUUGCUGUUCGAGCAGCUACGGACGAAAACUUCGAUAUUGUGGCAACGGCGCAUCCGGAUUUGAAACUCAGUGGACUUCCAACUGCCCAUCUGGAUAUCCAUAAGACGAUGAGCAUGGACGGCUAUAAUGUAACCGAAUUCGUGAACGAGCAGGGAUCUUUCAAUACCCCCCCCGUCGAUGGUUAUAACUUCAACGCAACCAUCUCCGUGCGCAAUCCGACCCCCUUUAGCGUUGAAAUGGGCCAUGUCACCUUCAACCUGACCCUGGGUGGUGACAAACUCGGAUACGUAGACUUGCCGAACUUGAAACUUGGAAAGGAUAUCACCGAUACUGUCGUGCGCGGACAGGUCGAUAAGUCGAAACUUGUUGAGGAAGCGUUACUGGGAGAUGGCGAAGGCGCUACAGUGACUAUUGGUGUUCACGGGCAUAGCUGCGAGUACAAUGGGCUGGAUAUCCCAUAUUUCAGCGCCGCCGUAAGAGCUGUUUCGGCCGACGCAAAAAUUGAUCUACUUAAGUACGCAUCAAGUCUGCUGUAA